CACUAUGGCUCACUCAGUGAUUGCUUGGCUCUCUGUUGUGUAGUUUGAAUCUUUUAUUGAUCCCAUACACUUUAUUUUACCAUUUAAUUCCACUGGUAUGACGGCAUAUACUGUACACAUUCACGUCUUUCCUCUGCAUCUGUUAAAGCGAUGAUAUACCUGUCUGCAGAGAAACCGACACUUGACAUUUUUUUGGUAAAUUUUAACUGUGAUGGUUAUACUUUGUGUUUAUGUUUGUUGUCACCGUUAAUCACAGCGUUAUUUUGAGUUUUGUUCUGAUUAUACUACUGUCACUGAAUAUCAUUUCCAUUAUAGUGUGCUGUAUGUUGGAUGUUUAAAUCAUGUUCAAGCUGUAUAUUUAUCUGUUGAUAAAUUGAGUGAAAUUUCAUGGCUCCUUAUGCUGUUUUUGUUUUGGUUGGUUCACUUCCUUUGUGGUGGUGUGUGCUGCUCUCUGCUGGCUGCUCUGUUCUGAACGUAUAGAAACAAACUCAAGAGUACUACAUAAACAGCUGUAUAGUCUAUUCAAGUUCUUCGAUGUAUGUGCACUUCUGUUUGUUUAAAUGUCUAGUUUAUUUUGAUCACACAGUUAAUCACAGUCUUGAUUAUCAGUUUGUCCUUUAUCAGGCAAAAAUCAAACAUUCUUCACCUCCAGCUUCUCGAAAACAAUUUCACUGCUACAUGCUUAUAAACUGAAUAUCAGUCUGUUUUGUACUGCUGGAUGUAUGAAGUUAGCCCUUUAAAGAUGUCACACUGAGCUCUGUGGAUUUGUGAAAGAUAUUUUUCAUUUAUUUCCGACAAGCUUUCUGAGGGUAGAUUCAAAAGAAAUGGGCCACUUUUUGACAAAAUGUGCCAGGGCUCUACUAUAACAAAUAUUCCCUCAUACCAGUCACGUUUUUUGUAAAAUGGUACAAACAUUCUCAUCAUUCUCAUGUAAAGUUUGGUCAGGUGACCCCAGUUGCUAUGGAACACUGAAAUGAAGCACAAGCUCCUCUUUGGAGAACAAUGAAUUAUUAAUUAUGCUUACUCACCGAAUACAGCAGGAGCACCACAACAGGUGGAACACCUCACUUCAGUGUGACCAGGGAGAAUCGCUCUAUGAACAGCAGUAUGUCCUCUCUGCUGGAUCACGGGUUGAUCAGGACUGCGGCAGUGGAGCAGGUGGUUGCACCUAUUGCAAGUCAUUUAUGCCACUUGGUCCUGCUGUGUGAUAGUGCAGAAGAGCCUCAGCAGUUCAGUCAGCUGGAGGAGGCAGCUCGGGCUGUGGCUAAAGCUACUGAGAACAUGGCAGCAGUGGCCUCCGGGCAAAUAAGCGGGACAGAGGAUGAAGUGUUGUAUGCGGAUAUGUCGUCCCUGUUGGAGUCGGUCGCUAUGUCUGGACAACAUGUGCUGCUGGCAGCCCAGAAACUCAGCAUCCAACCCAGUUUGACUGAGCACAGAGAGGAGCUCAUUACUGCUGCACAAAAUGUUUUCCUGGUGGUAGUCAAAGUUCUGUUGGUGGAUGACGAUGCUACUGUAAGGAGAGUUAUAGCUGCUGCUGAUCAUGUCUUGGAGUGCCUCUCAGAGCUUGGAUCCUCCUCAGACAUCAAGUCUCUGCUCAAGUCUUUCCAAGUGUUUUCUCAGGCUCUGCUUCUCCUCAACAGUCUGACAGUGGAGAGAGCAAAUUCCUUGCAGGAUCCCAGACAAACGGAACAACUUCUUGAUUUCUUGGAUACCCUGAGGAGGUGCGUCUCCAUGCUACACACGGCCAUGUGCACAACCAUCAAACACCCUACAAGUGAGCAAGCACAGGCAGCCAAGAGAUACAUUCUGGACAAGGUGCAGGGCACAGUGAGUGACAUUACUACAACCCUGAAAAGUGAAAACCACAGUGGAUCACUGGGUCCCUGUGGGUAUUACACAAGGAGGAGGAAUAGCCUGGUACAACUGCUUGAUAGUUUCUCCACCUCCUCAGUCCAAGACAGUGGGUUUGACAGUGUGAUAAGAGAUAUUUUGUUUCACUGCAUGGUUGUGGCAAACUCUUCUCGUAAAGUCUUUCAGCAAAGAGUGGUGGGUCACUGUCGUCACAUCCUGCAGUUCUGGUCAGACAUAAAAAGGAUUAUAAAGUUCUCAGACUAUCCUGAUGAUUCUGAGCAGAGCCUUCAGAAGACUUGCACCUUGUUGGUGCAGCAAAUAAAAAUGCUUGACAAAGAUUUGAUGACUGCUGUUCUUUGUCAAGUCUUGGACACAUUUCUAACAGCGUCUUCUACAGUUGAGGAACUUUUAAGUGUGACAAGACAGAUGCUGGUUUCACAUUCUUCUGCGGACAUGGAUCUGAACUUUAUUCAGCCACUGGUUGAGGAUUUCAUAUCUUCCACCGAUAGAAUAAUCCAAGUGGCAAAUUUUAUCUCAGCUGUGGCUGUUGAUGCAAAGAGUUUGGAGAAUGUGGAGAACUCACGAGCAUGCCUUUCAAGAUUCAGAGAUCAGAUUGCACCUCUUUCACUGGAGCUAGCAGACAAUUCAGUGCAAACAGUUCAAAAGCUUCAUGAUAUGUGUCAGAAAUGGGAGGAAGAGGCUACUCAGCUUCAGGAUGCUCUCUGUGAUGUAACAGAUGUGAGAGAGUUCACCAGUAUUGCUAUUAAUGAGAUGGUCGAAGACCGGCAUGGAUGCGAUGAAGCAUACAGAGAGCAAAGCUAUAAACUGUUUAGAGAACAUACAACGAACCUUAUUUGUCACAUGAAGCUGGUGUUUCAGUCAGUGAGGAGACACUUGGACAGAAGUGAUAAUCCCAUCUACAGGAAUGGCCUCCUGGUCCUGCUGAAACAGGUUCAGUCAUCUCAAAGCAAAGUGGGCAAGUCAGUCAGAGACAUGCUUUCAGGUUCCACUCUAAAUGUAGAGGUAUAUACUGCCUUUUCAGAUAAUGUUUCAAUCGCUAUUCAGCAUUUUAAAGUGCUCAGACAGGGACUUGAUGGCCAACACCAUCCACAUCUCCUGAGCCCGCUGCGAGAGGGGGCACGUCAGCCCGAAAUCACACAGCCAAGGUUACCAGUCAAAGAGACGUGUGAACUGGAUAUUAUGAGAAGAGGCUCUGGUUCUCUUGUUUUGGAGGUUUUGGAGAGGGAUUCCCAAACCAAACAUGAGGAGGAGCACUUAGAUGAGGAAACCAUAGAAGCAAAGCUGGCUCAUAAAUAUGACAGAGAUGAUUUAAAGACCUCAGCUGUCUCCGUUGAGCCCAGACUGAUUCACAAGCCUCUCGAAUUUGACCUUUUACCCCUCCUGUAUGAAGUAGUGACUGUGACUAAAGAGAAAGAUGUGACAGCACUCAACCGGGCCUGCACUGGUUUACUUGAGCUGUCAAACUGUUAUGCUCAAGCUGCAAAGGAAGCCUUGGCCGUUGCUGAUGCAGUCGAUGGUCAGACGCUGGAAAGUUUCAGAGCGGAGCUAGUGUCACUGACUCCGUUGCUUGUCCAGACAGCUCAAGAGACAGCAAUGAGCUCAGCAAUGAGCACAGAGAGUAUCUAUAAACAUUGCGCACAGUUUUCUGACCUUAUUAACAAUACUCGAAAGGUUUUACUGCCGGUGGCUGGAACCUGGUAUCAUUCUGUCUACACUGAGCUGCAAGGAAAUCUGCCAGCAAUAGCAGCCAGUGUCACUCAGCAGCUAAAUGAAGUGAUGACUUUGUGUGCUGACACGGUCCAGCUCUUGACAUCAUCUGAUUUAACCUCACAAAGUAACCGUCAAGAAACACUCAGUGUUUUACACAACAAGCUGAACAAAGCCCAGAACCAUACAAGGUGCCUGGUAGAGUUUUCUACCUCGUUGGAAGGGCAGGUCGAUCAACUAGAUGGACUCUGCAUCCUCUGGGGCCUCUCUAUUCAGAUUUUGUUAAAUUCUGUUGAUAAGAUUUUGGGAACAUCAACUGCAAUGAACCAUCUGGGCCCUCUGAAACAGCUGUCGGCGUUGUCUGAGAACUCACUUCGAAUCCAAGAGGCAGCGAGGCUAACCAGCCUUAAUUGUAAAAGUGUCUACAAAUCAAAACAGUUAGCAGGAUACCAGGAUGAACUCAAAACACUAACUGAAGUCUAUCUUAAAGCUGCCGAAGAACUUGACAUAAUGCCAAGUGUGAUGCAACUUGCAAAGUCAGAAUUCUUAAAGAGACAUCUGUUGAUUAAAAUCACAGUGCUGUGUGGCCAUUUAAGCAAAGCAAACAAGGAUUAUGAUGCUGCAUUACAAAAUAUUGUCAGCAUUGCUUAUGUUGCUGCUGGACACUUUAGGGAGAGCAACACAGAAGAUGCAGAGCAGAAAUUUGAAAAUGCGGCACUAGCACUUUUUGAAAAUGUAAAACUUACAACCAAAAGGGUUGAGGACUCCUUAAACUACAUCCGUGACCCACGUGCCCGUUCUAAUCUGAGAUCCAUCAACGACCACCUGUCUUUUCAUAGCUCAGAUAUUAUCAGCAGGGCGAGGCUCAUAGUAGAGACUCACUACAUUUGUGACACACUCAGUCUUGAUGUGCAGAUACAGUGUUGGUCAGCCAAAGCUCACUAUGUAGUGGAGGAGAUCAGGAAACAAGAUGGGAUUCACCUAGAGGCUAAAGAACUCAUCAGGGCUGGUCUGCAGGGCAGAACGCCUGAGGAUCUAAAAGAUGUGUUGUCUACAAUCCCACCUAAAGCCAAAGAGGUUGAGUUUCUCUCUAACACAACAAUGACAUCCUGGCAGAAAGGCAAUACAGAGAAAGAAAGUGUUGAUGCUGCAGAACCAACCAUGAAAAUGGCAGCUGUGGUUGAAUAUGAACCUGGAAAUGCAGAAAAAGAUGGUGAUGUCUUGUUUGGUGCAAACAAAGGAGCUUUUUCUCUGACUGACACCUCACUUUUUUUAAAGCAAGAAAGUGAUAGUUGGGAUCCUAAGGACAACAGAAUUGUCCAGGUGACCAGGAAGAUGGCUGACACAAUAUGUUACAUGACCCAGUACUUGAAGAAGAAAGGUCCUAUUCCGAAUAAAGAGGCAUUUGUCACUGCAGCCAAAGAUGUGGUCUCAAACUGCCAGUCAGUAACUCAGUUUAUCAGAGUUAUUACCAACCACUGCCUGGACAAACAAUGCACAAUUGAACUGUCCCUCAUAGUUGAGCAGAUUCUCACCAUCAGCAACCAGCUCAACAUCAUCUCCAGUGUCAAUGCUGUAACACCUGGGUGCAAAUCAUCUGAUGAGAUCCUGGUGAAGAAUGCACAAAAUCUACUCCAAACGGUCCUGCGUGGGGUCCGCGCUGCAGAGACAGCCUGCAUGACAGGUUUGAAACAGCCUGAGCCAAACUCAGAUGGUGCAGAGGCCACAGCCUUGUGUUUCCAGUGGAGGAGGAAGCUGGAGAUCCAUCGAGCCCAGCAGACCUCUAAUCCAGAGACUGAUGAGUUAGGUUUGAGGAAGACUUCAGCCCACCCUGUAGCACCCAGUCUUGCCCCGCCACUUAAUGUAAUUCCCAACCCCUCAAAACACAACUAGCAUAUGUGUCAAAGGGAAUAAGAGAACACACAUCACAUUUUUGUUUUCUAUUUCAUAUAAUAAUAAAUAUGGGAAACCCACUAAACUCUUGAAGGGACCUUUCACAGCGUUAUCACCUCAGCAAGUUGGACAACAAGUAUUUUGUACUGAAGCUGAGAUUGGAUGUAAUUAGUAAUGGAAAAUGGGUUCAGAUUCUUUGCGUAACAAUGUAAAACACUCUACAAAGUCCUCCAUUUAAAGUCUUACUUAAGUAAAAGUGCAAAACUAACAUUGGAAAACCAUACUUAAUUUAUCACAAGUACUUAGUAUGGCUAGUGGCUGGCAUAUGAUAUAAAUUAAAUGUAAGGUUUGCAAUAAGGAUUCAUCAAGGUGUAAAACUAGUUUGAACUACUUCACAGACAGUUCAGUCCAUUGAUUCUAAUCCUGGGAGUUUAGCCCCUCCAAUUGGGUCACAACAAAAAUGCAAGUGGUCAUGAGAUGAUUAACGGGAGACAAAAAACAAAAGAUUUUUCUCUUAUCUUUGCAUUCUGUGAAGCACUGAACAAUUUCACAUCUU